AUGGUGGGCGCUGAGAAGCAAGCUGCCCAGGUCGGCGAGACUAGACCAAGGACCAGCACGGAGAUAGACACGGUGCGCCUGGAAGCUGCUCUUGGUCAUAAACAGGAACUGGUGCGAAAUUUUGGGCUGUGGAGUGUGACAAGCUUGGGGAUUGUGAUCGCCAAUUCCUGGGCCGCAACUGGUGGCACAAUCGUAACUGCACUUAUGAACGGAGGCCCGAUGGCUCUUAUCUAUGGUUUGAUACUCGUGAGCAUCUUCUAUACGGCGAUUUCGGCCUCAUUGGCCGAAUUAGCAUCUUCUAUGCCCUCCGCAGGCGGAGUAUAUUACUGGUCCACGGUACUAAGUGGGAAGCAUGGCCGCGCCGCCGGAUUCUUUACGGGCUAUUUGAAUGCAUGCGCCUGGCUCCUCUCGGCCUCGUCGAUGAGCUCUAUGCUAGGCAAUGAAGCGGUUGCCAUGUAUUUGCUUCGGUAUUCUGAUGUUACCUGGCAGUCGUGGCAGGUGUUUAUUGUGUUCCAAAUUGUCAAUUGGACCUGCUGCGCAAUUGUUUGCCUAGGAAACCGGUUUAUCCCUCUAAUCAAUCGAGUCGCAUUGAUUCUAUCAAUGACCGGGCUCUUUGCAACUGUGGUGGUCCUCGCGGCGAUGCCAAAGACACACGCGAGCUCUUCGCAGGUAUGGACGCAAUACUAUAAUAUGACUGGCGGCUGGUCCGAUGGGGUGUGUUUUAUCACGGGGCUGCUUAAUGCUGCCUUCGCCGUGGGGGUUCCUGAUUGUAUCAGUCAUUUAUCUGAAGAGGUUCCUAAACCACAGAUCAAAGUCCCCCAGGGCAUCAUGAUACAGAUGUUGACGGCCUUCACUACCUCCUUCGUCUAUCUGAUCGCCCUUUUCUAUUCGAUCCAGGACCUCGAUGCGGUUUUCAACACUAACGUGGGCUAUUUUCCUACUGCUGAAAUCUACCGGCAAGCUACGGGAUCCACCACUGGUGCUAUCGGACUCAUUGCGGUGCUCUUUGUGGCUACCUUCCCGACCCUAAUCGGUACCUUCGUGACUGGAGGACGGAUGUGGUGGAGCUUAGCCCGGGACAACGCAACGCCUUUCUCAACCUAUUUUGCCCAGGUGCAUCCUACAUUGAACUGCCCCGUGCGUGCUACCGUCGCUAUGAGCGCACUGGUUACCUGUAUCGGCUGCAUUUACGUCGGUAGCACAACGGCAUUCCAGGCCCUCAUCUCGUCCUUCAUCGUGCUGAGCACUUUAUCUUACUUUGGUGCUAUCCUCCCUCACGUGUUGACUGGCCGUCAGAAUAUAGUCCCCGGGCCCUUCUAUAUGGGUAAGACCCUGGGAAUGGUGGUGAAUAUCGUCUCGUUGGUGUAUAUCCUAGUCACUGUGAUAUUUUUCUGCUUCCCAUUCGUAAUGCCUGCAACCGUUCAAAGCAUGAAUUAUACGAGCGUCAUCACUGUCGGUUUGAUGACAUUGACCGCAUUGUGGUGGUUCGUCCGAGGGAGGGCCGAGUACCGAGGCCCACACUACAGCUUCGAGGUUGCCAAGCAAUUGACCUCUGUUCAAACAAGCAAGGAGAGCGGCACUCCUGUUAUGGUUCCUAUGGAGGGGUCUACGGCAGCUGACCAUGGUGAACAUAGGCGGUUAGAGUGA